CACCGACAUGUGUGUGGUCGACGUCCAAGACUCUGGGAGGAGCGCUAUCUCUUCGCCCAAUUCCAAGGUAAAGUGGUGGAGCGCCUGGGAAUUCAAGGACUUGCCUCCACUGCCGGCCAGCUCGCCCGUGGAUCCUUUCCGGAACAGUAGCUACAAGUUUGGUGGAGCCUGGGAGGUCUUCAAGGCGGUGCUGUGCUCGCCGCUGCUGGUGGUGAGAGUCAUUCUCAUUGGAGUUUUCUUGUUCCUGGGAUUCCUGUGCACGAAGCUGGCGCUAUGGCGCUGGGAGAGUGACCACAAGGCCAUGCCGCGAUGGAGACGAGAUAUAAUGUGGGGCACUCGAGUUUGCGCUCGAGGUAUACUCUUCUGCUUUGGGUUCCAUUGGAUUCAGCGCAUUGGAAGGCCUGCUCCCAGAGAAGUCGCUCCCAUCCUGGUGUCAAACCAUGUAUCGUUCAUCGAUCCUAUGUUCUACUUCUUCGAACUCUUCCCGACCAUCGUGAGCUCGAGUUCACACAAUGAUCGUCUUUUCGUCGGCACCAUAAUAAGAUCAAUGCAGGUGAUUCCCGUGGAUAGGUUAUCUCCAGCUUCAAGGAAAAGCGCCAUCGCGGAAAUCAAGAGAAGAGCGAUGUGUAGCGAUUUUCCUCGUCUUCUUUUAUUUCCCGAGGCUACUACAACAAAUGGAAAGGCUCUGAUAUCGUUUAAGCCCGGUGCCUUCGUUCCUGGAUUUCCAAUACAACCUGUUGUGGUUAAGUACCCGCACGUUCAUUUUGAUCUAUCCUGGGGCAACAUCUCUCUGAAAAGCUUGAUCCCUCGGAUGCUGCUUCAAUUUCACAAUUUUAUGCAGGUUCAUUAUCUUCCUGUUAUAUAUCCCUCGUCGCAUGAAAAGUCCCAUCCAGCGGAUUAUGCACAAAGGGUGAGAUAUGCAAUGGCAAGGAGCCUCAACGUUCCGGAAACGGAACACAGUUAUGGUGAUUUACUCCUUUCUGCAAGAUCGUUGUCGCUGAAAAUGCCUUUUUCAACCUCGUUCACACUUGAAAUGAGAAAAAUGGACACGCAACUCCAGCUUACAGACGCCGACGCACUCUACUAUUUGGAGAAAUUCUCAAUCAUGAAUUCAUCUCGCAGUGGGCAACUGACGAGGUUUGAGUUCUUGCAAAGCCUGGGACUUACACAUUCUCCAUUCGGAGAGCAGGCUUUUGCGAUGUUUGACAGGAAAAAGCAUGAAUUCGUCACCUUCCAAGAGUUUGUGGCCGCAUCAGUAUCUUUGUCCAGAAAUGCAAGCUUUUUGAAGCUGCUGGAUUUGACGUUUUGCCAUGCGGUCCACAAGAACAGCGACGAAAUGCUUCUCAUGGACAAGGUUGCCACACUUUUGGAGAGGAAUUGUGCUGGAUCUACAAGCAAGGUGCUUGUGGAUCAAUUUUGUAAACAAACCGACCGGAUGGACCAUGCAACGUUUUGCUUAUAUCUUAAAAGAAAUCCAGAGCUAAUAUUUCCCUUGUCUCUGGUAAUUCUUUCUUUGAAUGAGGAAUAAACUGAAGGAUCAAAAUUAAAAUUA